AUGGCUCCGCGACCUCGAUCAAACGGCGUAGACACCGACGCGUCCAUGUCUGACGCUCCAGAGCACCCUAGAGUUGAAGAAAUGGAGGUCGAUGAGACUCCCGACUAUACCGACUCCGAUACCAACCCGAAUACUACAGCUAGCAGCGUGGCCGGCGAACCCCUCACAGACGGAAGGAAGCGACGCACCGAGGCGAAUCAAUUGCGUCGAAGCAUUUUUGGAAAGAAACAUGAUCGCCUUGGUGAAUCAAAGGAAGAUGACACAAUUCGAAGAUUUCGGUACCUUCUCGGUCUUACCGACUUGUUCCGGCACUUCAUCGAGACAAAUCCCGACCCCAAGAUCCGAGAAAUCAUGACCGAGAUUGACCAUCAGAACGCCGAAGCUGCUCGAGCCAAGAAAGGCGCUGGCAGAAAAGGAGGUGCUACAAGCGAGAGACGGCGACGAACUGAAGCCGAGGAAGAUGCCGAGCUCCUGAGCGACGAGAAACAUGGCGGAUCUGCUGAUACUGUGUUCAGAGAGUCACCUUCCUUUGUACAGGGACUUAUGAGAGAUUACCAGGUUGCUGGUCUGAAUUGGCUAAUCUCACUGCAUGAGAACGGUAUUUCGGGCAUCUUGGCUGACGAGAUGGGCUUGGGAAAAACACUACAGACCAUUUCCUUUCUGGGUUAUCUCCGCCACAUCAUGGGCAUUACUGGACCACAUCUUGUGACAGUACCCAAGUCAACGCUUGACAACUGGAAGCGCGAAUUUGCAAGGUGGACCCCAGAAGUCAAUGUGCUUGUGCUGCAGGGUGCCAAGGAUGAGCGUCACGAGCUCAUCAACGAACGCCUCGUCGACGAGAAAUUUGACGUCUGCAUUACUAGUUACGAGAUGGUGUUGAGGGAAAAGUCGCAUCUCAAGAAAUUUGCUUGGGAGUAUAUCAUCAUUGAUGAGGCGCAUCGCAUUAAAAACGAAGAAUCAUCUCUAUCGCAGGUCAUCCGACUGUUCAACUCCCGCAACAGACUUCUCAUUACUGGUACACCUCUGCAAAACAACCUGCACGAGCUCUGGGCUCUGCUCAACUUUCUUCUUCCCGAUGUCUUUGGCGAUGCCGAUGCAUUUGAUCAAUGGUUCUCAGGCCAAGACCAAGACCAGGACAAGGUCGUGCAGCAGUUACAUCGCGUCUUGCGUCCGUUCCUGCUCCGACGUGUCAAGAGUGAUGUCGAAAAGAGUCUCUUGCCAAAGAAGGAAGUCAAUGUAUACUUGGGCAUGUCUGAGAUGCAAGUCAAAUGGUAUCAAAAGAUUUUGGAAAAGGAUAUUGAUGCUGUCAAUGGUGCUGGAGGAAAGAGAGAGUCCAAGACCAGGCUUUUGAACAUUGUGAUGCAGCUGCGAAAGUGCUGUAACCACCCCUACCUCUUUGAGGGCGCUGAGCCAGGUCCCCCUUACACAACUGAUGAACAUUUGAUUUACAAUGCAGGCAAGAUGAAGGUCUUGGACAAGCUGCUAGGACGACUUCAGAAGCAGGGCAGCAGAGUUCUGAUCUUUUCCCAAAUGAGUCGAUUGCUUGAUAUCUUGGAAGAUUAUUGCGUCUUCAGGCAGUACAAGUAUUGCCGUAUUGAUGGUGGAACCGCUCACGAGGACCGAAUUGCUGCCAUCGAUGACUAUAACAAACCUGGAUCAGAAAAAUUUGUCUUUUUGCUGACAACGAGGGCUGGUGGUUUGGGCAUCAACCUGACUACGGCGGACAUAGUCAUUCUCUACGACAGCGAUUGGAAUCCGCAGGCAGAUCUGCAGGCCAUGGAUCGCGCGCAUCGUAUUGGACAGACGAAACAAGUUGUAGUGUACAGAUUCGUCACUGACAAUGCUAUCGAAGAGAAGGUGCUCGAACGUGCAGCCCAGAAAUUGCGACUUGACCAGGUAGUCAUUCAACAGGGCCGUGCUCAGGUUGCAGCCAAGGCCGCUGCAAACAAGGAUGAGCUCUUGAAUAUGAUUCAGCAUGGUGCCGAGAAGGUGUUCCGGUCCAAGGGCCCCACUGAUGAAACGGCAGACAAAGAGAAGGAGUUGAACGAUGAAGAUAUCGAUGAGAUCUUGAAUCGAGGCGAGUCACGUACCAAAGAGCUUAAUGCUCGGUAUGAGAAGCUUGGCAUUGAGGAUCUUCAGAAAUUCACAUCCGAAUCUGCUUACGAGUGGAAUGGAGAAAAUUUCGCCCAGGCCAAGAAGAACAUCGGCAUGAACUGGAUCAAUCCAUCCAAGCGAGAACGCAGAGAGCAGAGCUACUCUAUGGACAAAUACUUUAGACAGGCCAUGUAUCCCAAUCCCAAGGCCGACGCCAAGCCCAAAGCUCCCCGAGCGCCCAAGCAAGUACCGGUCCAUGACUAUCAAUUCUAUCCGCCUCGCUUGCAGGACCUUCAGGAUAGAGAAACGGCCUUUUACCGCAAGGAGAUUGGCUACAAGGUGCCAUUACCAGACGGGGAGGAUGAUAACUUAUCUGAGCGCGAAGCUGAGAGAGCACUCGAGCAGCAAGAGAUUGAUAAUGCGACACCUCUCACGGAAGAAGAGCGAGCGGAGAAGGAGGAGCUCUCCAACCAGGGAUUUGGUCACUGGAACCGCCGAGAUUUUCAACAGUUUGUGAAUGGAUCUGGCAAAUACGGACGAAAUGAUUUCCAGGGCAUUUCCAACGAGAUUGACAGCAAGACGCCAGCGGAAAUUCGUGCCUAUGCCAAGGUGUUUUGGCAGCGGUACACUGAAAUUCAUGACUACCCUAAAUACCUCAAAGUAAUUGAGGAUGGAGAGGAGCGAACGAGGCGCAUCGACCACCAGGGCAAGCUUCUUCGCAAGAAGAUGCAGCAGUAUCGUGUGCCUCUCCAGCAAUUAAAGAUCAAUUACUCGGUGUCUACGACCAACAAAAAGGUCUACACUGAAGAGGAAGACCGUUUCUUACUGGUUCUUCUUGACCGCAACGGAAUCGAUUCUGAGGGUCUCUACGAAAAGAUGCGGGAUGAGAUUCGCGAGUCCCCUUUGUUCCGAUUUGAUUGGUUUUUCUUGAGCCGCACGCCCAUCGAACUGUCGCGACGAUGCAACACAUUGCUUACAACUAUUGUCAAGGAGUUUGAGGAGGGCGCUGGAACCGGCAAAGGUUCAAAUGGCGUCAACGGCAAAUCGAAACGCGAUCUCGAUGACGAAAAUGAUGAGGAUAGCAUUCUGAGCUUGGCUCCGGCAAAGAAGAAGUCUAAGAAUGGCGUCAAGAAUAAGGCUCUUGAUAACGUCAAAUCAAAGUCCAGCAAAGCCAGCUCUGCUUCGCCAUCAAGAGCUUCCAGUGUUGCUUCCAACGCCAACUCAAACGCCGGUGGUUCUACAAAGGGCAAGAAGACUAAGGCGGUAGGUAGAAAGAAGAAAUGA